GCAGCCGGGCGGCCCAGCCACUGGACGAAGAGGACGAAGUACAGCCACCGAAGAGGGCCAACAUUUGCCACGGCGACCAGAGCCACAGCUUCAGCAGCACCGCCGACCACCGCAGGGGCGACCGCAGCAGCAACAACGCCGAGAACGGCGGCGGCAGCAGCGCCAGGAGCGGCGAGAAGUUGCAGCGGACGACCGCGGCCAGCAGCAGCACCACGAGCAACACAGCGGCGGCGACCAGCAGCCCCAAGAGCAGCAAGCACAGCCAGCAACACCACAGCGACCACUGGGGAAAAGCCCACAAGACCAGCAACACCACGCCAGCAGCACACAGCACCAAGACCAGCACCACG